GGUCGCGUCCUGUUUGAGGGCUGGGGCAAAGUCGGAGAAAUUCCCAACCGUCGGUCCACGCACGCACGCACGUCCGUCGGGGAAAGUGGUAUCGUCAGUCGUCAAGGAGUGGCGACGAAGAACGGUGCAAGUGCAUAUCUGCCAAGUGUGUGUGUGUGUGUGUGUCUGGCUGGCUGUGUGAGGUAGCCGGCAGCAAAACGCAGCAACAUGAUACACGUAGGUGACAAUACCUGGAACCUGAAGGUCUGCAUUACCGACCUUCAGGUGCAGAAAACGCUGCGUGUUCGAGGUGAUCUGCACAUCGGCGGUGUAAUGCUGCGUUUGGUCGAUCCAGAAAACCCGAAGGAUUGGUCAGACCACGCACUCUGGUGGCCCAGUCGGAACCAAUGGUUGACGCGAACCAAAUCAACCCUCGACCAGGUGGGCCUACACGCGGACGCCCUCUUGCACUUCACGCCAAUGCACAAGACGUUGCGAGUUCAGAUGCCCGAUUUACGGUACCUCGAUUGUCGCGUCGAUUUUUCGAUCAAAACGUUCGGUGCGGUGGUGUCACUCUGCAAGGAUCUAGGCAUUAGACACCCGGAGGAGCUGUCGCUAUGCAAGCCCCUGGAGCCGAUGCAUCUGAAGAAAAACUAUGCCGACCUGGCGAAGAAGAAGAUCCCGAUCGAGCAGAACGGAAACGGACGGGACUACAUCCAUCUGGCCCCGGAUACGAACACCUUCAUUCCGGUGGCGGCGCAUAAUCUGAAUGGCAGCAGCGGUAGCUUGGACGGACCCGUACACAAUGGGCCUUUCUCAUGUGCUCCGGUGGCUAAUUCGCACUUCUCCACACCGAAACCGGCCCUGCAAAGCACACCGAUCAGUUCUCCGACCGGGACCUUGCGGCAUGGCCACGUAAGUUCUGGUUUCAGUGAAUCGUCGUCCAGUAUCGGUGACACGACGGACAACCUGGCGUACAGCCCAUGUGCUCCAAGUCCGGAGGCACGGUCGCGCUUGUUGAAGCCGAAAUCACUGACCGAGCGGGCCCGCAUGAACAUCGGCUGGCUCGACUCAUCCUUGUCCAUCAUGGAGCAGGGCAUUCGGGAGUUUGAGACGCUCUGUCUGCGCUUUAAGUACUACACGUUCUUCGAUUUAAACCCGAAGUACGACCAGGUGCGCAUCAACCAGCUGUACGAGCAGGCCAAGUGGCAGUUGCUGAACGAGGAGAUCGACUGCACCGAGGAGGAGAUGUUGAUGUUUGGCGCGCUGCAGCUGCAGGUGAACAUGCAGAACGAGGUUCCUCAGGCGGACUCCGGCAUCGACACGUCUAGUCUAGAUAAUGCCGCUGACGACGACGUAGAUGCGGCCUUGCGCGAGCUGCAGAUAACGCUGGAGGGACCGAGCAACGGAGUGAACGCUGGAGACAUAACGCAUAUCCCGGAACUGACCGACUACUUGCGCUUUUUGAAACCAAAAAAGUUCACCUUGAAGGGCUACAAACGUUACUGGUUUACGUAUAAGGACCUGCAGUUGCAUCUUUAUAAAUCACGGGAAGACGCCCGCGCGAACAGCCCUGCUCAGGUGACGAUCAAUCUGCGGGGAUGCGAAGUAACGCCCGAAGUGAACCUGGCCCAGAAGAAAUUCAACAUCAAGCUGGAAGUGCCGCUGGAACAGAGCAUCAACAGCGAAAUGUGGAUCCGGUGCGACAACGAAGAGCAGUAUGCCAAGUGGAUGGCCGCUUGUCGAUUGGCUUCCAAGGGGCGCUCUCUAGCGGAUAGCUCUUACGACAGCGAGGUGGCUAGCAUCCGAUCGUUCCUGAGCAUGCAGAAGCCAGCCCAGGCGCCCGCGAUAAACAUCAACCCGGGAGAGAUGGACCCGAAUGAGUACUUGGCCCCGCGGUACGCAAAGAAGCUGAAGAACAAGGCCAUGACCCGUAUGCUGGAGGCGUACGCCAAUGUAAAGGACCUUCCCUUGAUUGAAGCGAAACUGAGCUAUAUCCGGGCAUGGCAGAGUCUGCCAGAGUUUGGCGUGACACUGUUCGUGAUCAAAUUUGACGGCCACAAGAAGGAGGAACUGCUGGGUGUUGCUAGCAAUCGUGUAAUGAAGAUGGAUAUUACCACUGGAGAUCACCUGAAGACGUGGCGCUAUAAUACGAUGAAGGCCUGGAACGUGAACUGGGAGAUUCGGUGCAUGAUGGUCCAGUUCCAAAACGAAACUAUCGUGUUCUCCUGCCUGUCUGCGGAUUGCAAAGUGAUACACGAAUUUAUCGGUGGCUACAUCUUCAUGUCCAUGCGCUCCAAGGAAACCAACCAGACGCUCAACGAGGAGCUGUUCCACAAGCUAACUGGCGGCUGGAAUUGAGCUGCUAUGGGUGUUCAUGCUUUCCAAACCACAGUAUCAUCAGCAGCACGAUGGCUGAUGUUAUCGGGGGCUUUGCGAUUAAUCCGCCCGAUGUUUUAACAUGUUGCGUGUAAAAUUUCGAUUUCUUUUUUAAUUUUUUUGUUGUAUUGUAUAUAACAUUAGCGAUAAAAAUAGUCUAUUUUAAUUGCCCCAUCCUUUCCUUAGGAAGUUCAAUUGUCUGUGCUACGUGUUUUCUUUUUUACACCCUCAUAAACGUAUCCCUACCCUUGUCGUCGUGUAACUGUAUUUUACAGAGGAACUUUUUUCCAUGCUCUUUUGUAGUUUUAUUUUACAUGUUUUUUCACAUAAUUCUGUGAACCAGCAGAAGCAAAACCAAUUCAAUCAAUCAAUCAAUCAAUUGAGCGCGAGCACAGAUUACCGUCAGAUAUGGUGCACUUUUUUGUGUAUCCACAAGUCUAGCAAAUAAAUCGGGAAUAUUGGUAAUCACAGAAAGGAAUGCAAAUAAAUCAGAUGCCUUACCUAUUGUUAGACGUAGGAAGCGAAAAGUAUGGAAAUCAUUUCGGGUAGGCGUAUAGCUUGUCAAGUAUGACCGGAAACAGUAUAAGAAACUAAAACGUGUCACGAUGUGGAAGCUGGUUUUAUCUUAUGACAAUCGAAAGAUAGCUAAUAGAAGGAAGCCGUGUAACGAUGAUAAUCAAAGUGUCCAAAAUGGUGCCUAUUCGGAAAGAAGUUAAAAACUGUAGAUUGAGUGCACGUGUUAUCACGCAACUGUUAGACAAACAAUCGUUCGACGGUUCGUUUGCUGAUUUCGUAAUUGUUUCUUCUAUUACUUAGCUGUUUCUAAUUUUAACUGAUACUGGUUAACAAAUCGAUCUUCCCACGCGGAAAGGAAGUAAUACUUAAUUGAAAGUUAGACAUGUCCUUAUCCAUGCUACUUAACUUUCCCACGGGUGUGACAUUGAAGAACAGCUUAAACUUGUGUCGCGAGAAAGGGUUUCAAAUUUCACUAGCACAAACUAAUACGCUGCUGUCUGGAGGAAAUAAAUCUUACAGAUGGGAAGCGGACAAUCAGAAAAUGUCCUGCAAAUGUAUUCGUUUUUUGUCGACAAACAUGUUAGGACUAAUUUUAGUGUUGUACUGAUAUAAUAAAACGAAUUAACAAGUAAUAAUUCAACCGUGUUUUAAAUAUUAUAUGUACCAAUACACGACGUAGUCUCUCCAAAAGAUCUUCCGGGAUUAGCAAGAUGA